AUGAGCGAGGCAGAUAGUCAAUUCUACAGUGUUCAGGUGGGGGACUCCACCUUCACUGUGCACCGCUACCAGCAGCUCCGCGCCAUCGGUUCCGGUGCCCAGGGCAUCGUUUGCUCUGCCCUAGAUACAGUCCUUGGCAUCCCGGUGGCGGUGAAAAAGCUGUGUCGGCCCUUCCAGAACCAGACACACGCUAAACGUGCAUACAGGGAGCUUGUGCUGCUAAAAUGUGUCAACCACAAAAAUAUCAUCCGUCUGAUCAAUGUGUUCACGCCUCAGAAGUCCCUGGAGGAAUUUCAGGAUCUAUAUCUGGUGAUGGAGCUGAUGGAUGCCAGCCUUUGCCAGGUAAUCCACAUGGAUUUGGACCACGAGAGAAUGUCUUACCUGCUCUACCAGAUCCUCUGUGGCAUCAGACACCUGCACUCCGCCGGCAUCAUCCACAGGGACUUAAAACCCAGCAACAUUGUGGUGAAGUCAGAUUGCACCCUUAAGAUAUUGGACUUUGGCCUGGCUAGGACAGCAUGCACCAACUUUAUGAUGACCCCAUAUGUGGUAACCAGAUACUACCGAGCACCUGAGGUCAUUCUGGGGAUGAAGUAUAAGGAGAAUGUGGACAUCUGGUCCGUAGGGUGCAUCAUGGGAGAGAUGGUAAAAGGCGGCGUCAUCUUCCAAGGAACUGACCACAUCGACCAGUGGAACAAAGUCAUUGAGGUUCUGGGCACGCCCAGUCUGGAGUUUAUGAACCGUCUGAUGGAGACUGUGAGGAACUACGUGAUGAACAAGCCACAAUAUCCGGGUGUCAGCUUUGCGGAGCUUUUCCCUGACUGGGCCUUCCCCUCGGAUUCAGAACACGACAAGCUCAAGACGGGUCAAGCCCGGGACUUGCUGUCCAAAAUGCUGGUCAUCGACCCUGAGAGCCGCAUUUCCGUGGAGGAAGCCCUCAGUCAUCCCUACAUUCAUGUUUGGUAUGACCCCACCGAGGCCGAUGCGCCUCCCCCCCAGAUAUCUGAUAAGCAGCUAGAAGAGAGAGAGCACACCAUUGAGCAGUGGAAAGAGCUCAUUUAUGAAGAGGUGAUAGACUGGGAAGAAAGGAACAAGAAUGGCGUGAUGAAAGAGGACUGCUCUGACGCGGCGUCCAUCUCGGCCUCGCAGUCGUCCUCCGCCAACGACAUCUCGUCAAUGUCCACGGAGCACACGGUGGCGUCCGACACGGACAGCAGCAGCAUCGACACCAUCACGGGGCCGCUGGACGAGACCACUGCUGUCGCUUGACCUUUUGCCCAGACUUGCCCCAUCUAUAUUGGUGAGAAGGUAUGCGUGUUGGGACCAGGUCAGCUGCAUGGCCUCUUAAUUUAGCGCUCCCUCCCUGUAUCGGGUGAUUUUUCCAUAGAACCACCACAUGGAACCUCUUAUUCCGUAUUAAAACCAGGGAUGUCCGAUAAUGGCUUUUUGGCCGAUAUUCCGAUAUUGUCCAAUAUUUUUUAAUAAUAAACCGAUACCGAUAUAUGCAGUCGUGGAAUUAACACAUUAUUAUGCCUAAUUUGGACAACCAGGUAUGGUGAAGAUAAGGUCC